GGAAAAUCAUCCUUUGUUAAAAGAUUAAUCUCAAAUGAAUUCCAUGGGCCAUACAUUCCAACCCUUGGUGUCUCUGUUCAUGCAAAGAAAUUUGAAACAACCCAUGGUGAUAUCACUUUCAACAUUUGGGAUUGUGCAGGUCAAGAAAAGUUUGGAGGCAAAGAAGGUUAUUAUAUCAAUGGUAAUUGUGCCAUCAUUAUGUUUGAUUGUGUAAAUUCUUUGAAAAGUGUUAAUAAUUGGCUUAGAGAUGUUGUAAGAAUUUGUGAAGGCAUUCCAAUUGUAUUGUGUCUCAAUAAGGCUGAUCUCUUAUCAGAGGAAGCAAGACAAAGACUCAAAUUUGAAAUAGCAGGUUUUCGUGGUCGUAUUCUCAACUAUUUCGAGUUGUCAAAUAAGGAUUCAUUGAAUUUGGAAGAUCCACUCGAAUAUUUGGCCAAAGCACUGCUCAAAAACAAACAUGUUUCAUUCUUUUCCAAGGUAAGAAAGCAACAAGAAAAUGUAUUCCAUCAAAAGCUUCAAAACACUUCCAUGACAGCAGAUGCCAACAUCAAGACAAUUGAGUAA